ACAGCGGGACAGAGAGAGCACGCUGCAGAAGGAAGGUUUGCUGGUUCCGGAAUGGAUCAGAGUCCGGGAACAGCAGCGUGGAGAGUGACAGUAAUUCCGAAGAAUGUCUUCUGGGCUGCUCAGUUUAUCAUUGCUAAUUAUGAAUGGAUGACCCUAGACCUUCGAAUUACGUAUGCAUUAAAAAUCAUUCAAAUGAUUUACUUCCCCGUCCUCGCCAUCAUUGCUCUUCCCGUGAACCUGGUGACGAUUUUAAUCCUGUCCAGAGGAACGUGCGGUCUCUCCAGAGUUGUCACUCGCUACCUGGUUGCCAUGGCAGCGGCGGAUCUUUUGGUCCUUGUCCUGGACCUGAUAUUGAGCAAGAUUCCGAAUACUUACGCGCCAAUGGAACUUAUCCUCUGGCCUAUAGAUGCACCACUGUGUAAAAUCCACGCCGUCCUGCUUUACGCCGUCACCGAUUGUUCGGUCUGGUUCACCGUCACUUUCACCUUUGACCGGUUUGUGGCCAUUUGUUGCCAGGAGCUGAAAACAAAAUAUUGCACCGGGAAAACUGCGGCUGUGAUUCUGGGGACAGUGACUCUGAUCAGCUGUUUAAAGAACAUUUACUGGUAUUUUCGGCUGUCAGGGCAUUAUACAUGGAUAAUUGCUCCUUUUAUUUGUAUGGAAACCGUGAAUUAUUUGUCUUUUUCUGUAUCAAUGCCAAUAGACUUAUUUUAUUACCUUCUCACCCCUCAGAGGGCGCAGGAGACUCCGGUGUGCUGA